AUGCCGACGCCCUCUCCGGCGAUCGGGCCGCGGCCGCCGACGACGAAGCCUCCGCCCUCUGAAGCGACGACGGCGACGCCUCCGCCGCUGCCGCGGCCGGCCCUUGUCUGCGAGAAGUGCCCCGUCGAGCGGCCGUUCGAGCGCCCCGUCGAGCAGUCCUCGGCGCGCCGCUGCGCCAGGUGCCAAUCGACGGAGACGGCGGCGACGCUCAAGUGCUCGCGGUGCCGGAGCGCGUGGUACUGCUCGCGGAGCUGCCAGCGGUCGGACUGGAAGGCGCACAAGGCGACGUGCGAGCCCGGGCUCGAGCUCGAGCCGCUCGCGGACUUUUCCCGCGCGGCGCCGACGUGCGCGGCGUGCGGCGGCGCCGCGUGCGGCCCCGACGAGCGGCUCGGCCCCUGGGACCGGUACCGCGAGUGCUGCGGCGCGUUCCUCUGCGAGGGCUGCGAGUUCGGCGACGGCUCGCGCAAGCGGGCGGGCCCCGUGCCCGCGGCCGCGGACGCGUGCCCGCGCUGCGGCGCGGCGGCCGCGGCGACGGCGGCGGCGGCCGUCGCGCGGUGCCGGGGCCGCGCGGGCGCGGGCCAGCAGGACGCGCGCUUCGUGCUGGGGAUGACGCUGCUGCGGGGGCUCAAGGGCCGGCGCGCGCAGCCGUCGCGCGGCGGCGCCGCGCUGCUGGAGCUCGCGCGCGCGGCCGACGACGGCGACCCGCGGACGGCAUGGGUCGGCGCCGCGAACUACGAGGUCGCGCGCGCGUACCGCGACAAGCUCCUCGUGCCCGCGUCGACGAAGGUCGCGCCCUUCCUGCGGCAGGCCGCGGCCUGCGGCCACGUCCGCGCGCUCCUGGAGCUCGCGAAGAUGUACGACGCGGGCACGGAGGUCCGGAGGGACCGGAAGGAGUACGCGCGCCUCGUGGAACUCGCGAGCGCGAGCGGCUUCACGGAGGCCAAGCGCUGCCUGUCGAAGCUCUACAUCGACGGCGACGUGCUCGAGCGCGACCGCGAGAAGGCCGCGCGACUGUUGGGGCUCGAGCGGACGGCGGAGAUGUGGAAGGACGGCAAGGGGCCCGAGGCGCCGGCGUUCCUCUUCACGUCGCCCGCGCCGGACCAGGCCGGCCGGGACCUGCCGAAGGACGAGUACGACGACGCGGAGAUGGACGCGUUCUUCGACGGCGACUAA